AUGAGUUGUGCUAGCGAAUUAUCUCAGUCGCAUGAGUAUCUAAGUUUCCGAAGCAGCAUUCCUUUAAGAAAAAUCGUAGUAGACUCCGAUAAUUCCAAGGCAUGGAAAAUAUUUGAUAGUGGACCAAGGUCAGUUGCAUGUCCUUUAAUAUGUUUACCUCCAGUUUCUGGAACAGCUGAUAUUUAUUACAAGCAAGUUAUGGGCCUAGCAUCACGAGGCGUUCGAGUCAUAUCUGCAGAGGCUCCUCCUUAUUGGAAUUUAAAAGAAUGGUGUGAUGGUUUCAAAAGACUCAUUGAUAUAUUAGAGCUUGGUAAAGUGCACAUAUUCGGAGCAUCUUUAGGAGGAUUCAUAGCCCAAAAAUUUGCAGAACUGACCAGAAAUUUUCCUCGUGUCGUAUCACUUGUUCUGUGUAACACAUUUGCGGAUACGUCUGUUUUUGAAUACAAUGACUCAGCAGCGUUAUUUUGGUUACUCCCAUCACUAGUUUUGAAAAGAAUGUUAAUGGGAAAUUUUACUACUGACAAAGUCGAUACACGUAUGGCCGAGUCAAUUGAUUUUAUGGUUGAAAAGCUAGAAACUCUGACGCAAUCAGAAUUAGCAUCUAGAUUGACAUUGAACUGCACUCCGAAUUAUGUGCAACCACAUUUAUUAAGCGACAUUCCAGUUACGAUUAUGGAUGUUUGGGACGAAAGUGCACUUAGUUCACACGUACGUGAAGACUUGUAUAAAUCUUACCCUCAUGCGAAGCUAGCGCAUCUCAAGAGCGGUGGCAACUUUCCUUAUCUUAGUAGAAGCGACGAAGUUAAUUUGCAUCUGUUGAUACAUUUAAGACAGUUUGAUGGUACAGAGCUUUCGUCGUCGUAUCUCAGUUUGCACAAAAUGCCGCCAUCCCAAUCUCCCACAGACUCGGAAGAGAGCCCCAUCAACUAUUUUAACCAAAGUGAAAAAUAUGUGCAAAUUUCAUGAAAAUUUAUGCAAAUUCGCAUCGACUCUUUGUUUCGUAAAUUGUUUAGCAACGGUUCAUGUCGGUCAUUGAUCUAAAAGUAAGUUCUCGACAGUAGCUUGAUAACAAAUCAUGCUUAAAAAUAAUUUAGAUGUUUCAGUUGAGUACCUGCUUAUAUUAUAUAUAUCAUUAUGAUUUGAUUCAAAGAUUGACAUAAAAAAUUAGAUUUAAGGUAGUUAUGAUUAUAUAAUUAAGAAAACUAUUUUUAUAACUGGGGUACAUAUUUAAAGAUAUGCAUGAUAUGAUAUGUAAUGUGAUAUUACAAAUUAUUGAUUGUAUGGGCUAAAUUAGACUGAAUUAAUCAUUAAUGUUUUCUAUGAAGUGCAAUCAUUCCUAUUGUUAUUUGUUUUAAUAUUUGAAGCUAAAACUAGUCUGAUCGUGGGAUAGCAUUUAGGAAGGAAAUAAUAAAUUUUGGAAACUUUUAAACAAUAUUUUUAUUUUGUCUCUAUUUUGACCGAACUUCAAAAUCUGGUAGCAUACAUUAUUUAUAUCCAUAUUAAUGCCUACAUUCGUAAUAUAGAAAACAACAUAUUUAAAAAGGAGUGUUCAUAUAUUUAUAUCCAGAUUAUAAAUGAAUACAUAGAUAAAAUUAUAUUAAUCAAUUUUUUAUUUUGUAAUUUUAUUAUAUUGAAAUGUGAACUUCUUACUAUAGUAGCAUUGAAGCCUAAAAAUCGAACUAGAGAAGUCCAGUGUGUUGCAUUGUUUUGUUAUAUACCAAUUAAGCCAUGAUUGCUUUUUAUUAUUAAAAUGAAAAAUGAACAAUUUCAACAUAAAUUGUUAAACAAAAUUUUCACGAUCUCUUAAUUAAUUAGAUAUUACUAACUAAUGCGCCACUGAGAAUAUACGGUUUUUUUAUUGCAUAUGUCGGUGGAAGACCUCACAGCCCACCUGGUUUUAAGUGGUUACCGGAGCCCAUAGACAUCCACAACGUAAAUGCCG